AUGAAUGUCUCCGACGCGGAUGAAUUUGAAAUGCAGAAGAAAAAGAAAUUGGUGCCCAAAUGGCAAAUUGGUCUCGGGGUGUACCUCGAGAAGAAAGUCAAUAAGAAGCUUUUGAAAAAGGCAAAGAAGAAGAAGUUUGGCAUCUUGUCUGAAGGUGGGCCUAAUCAAGUAUUAAACAGGCCAAUAUCCAAUUCUACAAAGUUUGAAAGGUUUCAAAUACCAGCGGCUCUUUUGAUGCAAAAGGUUGAGCCAGAAAUUUUUAUGGUGUCUGAUGAGAAAACCACUAUGAACUCGGUUGACAAAGUCAACGACACCACCAUAGUAAGUCAUCUAGGUGAUUUCAAAGACGGGUUUGCGCUUGUGGAUGAGGACAUUUUAGACUCGUCGGGUGACUCCUACGAUGUCAUCACGGUUUUCGACGAUUGGGAAAUUGGAUUCAAUGACCUGUCUGCUGUUCUGCUUGGCAAACUGAUGCUUGGAAUGUGGUCUAUCUUGCUUGUUUGUACUAUAUUGAUUGGAUGUUUGUAA